GAACAUAAUGAAAAGAACCAGAAAAGCACCACACCACAUACACCAAAAAUACCAACCACCAGGUUAUUAUGCGAAUGUGAAUUAUAUGCACCUGCCAACUAUGACAAUGACCAAGAGAUGAAAGCUGUGAUGGAAAAUUUCAGUAAACAGACAGAAGAACGUUUUCAUGAAUAUGACGAAAGGAUGAAAAAUACACGCCAGAAAUGUAAAGAUAAAUGCGAUAAAGAAAUACAAAAAAUUAUUUUAAAAGAUAAAUUAGAAAAAGAAUUAACAGAAAAGUUGUCAACAUUAAAAACUGAUAUACGAAGUGAGGCCAUUCCAACAUGUAUUUGCGAAAAGUCGAUAGCGGACAGAAUGGAAAAAGGGUGUUUGCGAUGUGGAAGUGUGUUGGGUGGUGGUAUUGCACCAACGGUUGGUUUGUUAGGAGGAAUAGGUAUCUAUGGGUGGAAGAUGGGCGUUCCUGAAGCGGCUGCUAAAGCUGCGGCCAUAGCUGCCGGUAAAGCUGCCGGUGAAGCUGCAGGUCUUAAGGCAGGUAUGAAAUCAGUUAUUGUGGCAUUAAAAUAUAUUAAAGUAGAUGAAUUAUUUUCUGAAAUAUACAAACCUUUUGUUGCUAAAAACAUUUAUACUGAAGUUACAAAGCUUGCUCCUGAUAUUGUUAAAAAAUAUGGUGAAUUUUGUCCGUCGUCAGGCACUAGCGGUCCUGCUACGUGCAUAGAAUUUGGUUCUAAUAUAGGUAUGGUUGGAGAAGGUGUUUUCUAUGAUACUCCAGAUGUAAUCAUACCAAAAGCGUUAAACCUUUAUCUUAGUGAUGCCAAAAAGUCUGCUGCUACUGAAGCUGCUCGUGUGACUACUUCUGAAACAGCAACUCUUACAAAAGCAAAUGUGGAUGCAGUAAACACUGCAUAUGGCAGUUUCCAGACUGCUAUUAUUGCAUCCAUCAUUGCAAUAGUGAUCAUAGUUUUAAUUAUGGUAAUAAUAUAUAAGAUUUUACGUUAUAGAAGAAAAAGAAAAAUGAAGAAAAAACUACAAUACAUAAAAUUAUUAGAAGAAUAG